GCAGUAGCGCACUGCGCCGCAAACCGCCAGCUCUCCUCCCUUUUUUCCCUUUUCGUGUGUGUGACCGUUGAGGUUCCUGAACGCUUCACUCCUUCUCUGCAGCUUCAACACCGAAACACCAACAGCUCUCAAAACAUGUCUACCAAGGUCGCCGUGGUUACGGGCAGCAACAAGGGCAUCGGCCUGGCCAUCGUCCGAGCGCUCUGCAAGGAGUACCAAGGCGACGUUUACAUCACCGCCAGAGACGUCGGCCGCGGUCAGGAAGCGGUGGCGUCUCUGGUCGCCGACGGGCUGAAGCCCAAGUUUCACCAGCUGGACAUCAACGACCUGAAGAGCAUCAUCACCGCCGCCGCUUACUUCAAGGAGACGUACGGAGGGGUGGACGUCCUGGUGAACAACGCCGGGAUAGCAUUCAAAGAGGCGGACAAGUCCCCGUUCGCAGUCCAGGCCGAGGUGACCCUGAAGACCAACUUCUUCGCCACCAGAGACAUGUUGACUCACUUCCUGCCGCUCAUCAGAGCCGAAGGUCGCGUGGUGAACGUCUCCAGCUUCGUGGGCGCCCGCACUUUGAACAAGUGCACGCCGGCCCUCCAGCAGCGUUUCCGCAGCGAGGACAUCGCCGAGGAGGAGCUGGUGGGACUGAUGGAGCAGUUUGUGGAGCAGGCCAAGAGGGGCGAGCACGAAAAGGGGGGCUGGCCCGAUUCGGCGUACGGGACGUCCAAGACCGGGCUGACGGUCCUGUCCAUGAUCCAUGCUCGUCGUCUGUCCAAGGAGAGACCAAAUGACGGGAUCCUGGUGAACGCCUGCUGCCCCGGUUGGGUGCGCACCGACAUGGCGGGCGACAAAGCCCCCAAGUCCCCGGAGGAGGGCGCCAUGACUCCGGUGUACCUGGCGCUGCUGCCGCCCGGAGCCACGCAGCCUCACGGGAAGUUCGUCUCCGAUAAAGAAGUUCAGCCGUGGUGAAAAAUAAUAAUCUGACGCAAUCGUCACUUAAGCCAAAUGUUGAAAGAACAUGAAAUGAAUAACUCAAAGGACUCAUGGGUGCAAUAUACGUGGCAUUAUCUGUGUGUCUGCUGGGUUAUUAUUAUUCUAUUAAUAUCCAUUUUAUCACUUCGCUAGUAUAAACAUUCCAAUAUUUUAUGUUUACAUGGGAAAAGUCUUAAACUUGAUAAAGCUUAAAUGUUGUGAUAUCAAAGAAAAUUAAAUGUUUUUCUGUCAAAUUAAAAGAAAAAAGUCUUUUUUACAAUGCAAUGAUUUUUGUAUCAAGGUGUAAUAUUUUCAAAAUAAACGUUGUAUUCAAAAAAAUC